AUCCGGCCGUAGAUUAUGAAUUUGAUUUCGAGAGCGAGGAGUGGGAGAGAAAGAAAGGUGAGUGGGGGGAAGAGAGAGAAGGGGCAGAGAAGAGCAGCAGCGAGAGGGAAAAAUCCACUAAGCCCCCACCCGAACUCUCUCAAAAUCCGCCAUUCCCCUCCGCCGCAAACACGCGCCGAAGCUCGCGGGCGAGCCCCGCCCUCCGCCGCGGGGCCUCCGCCCCCUUCGAUCUGGCGGCGGAGGCCGCGAUCUCGCCGCGGGUCCCCGCUAAUUGGGUUGGCGUUACCGGUGGGCAGGGGCGUUUUGAUCUAGUAGCUUCGGGGUUGAGUGGAUGGAGGGGAAGGAGCAGAGCGGCGGCGGGCCGCUGCAAAGAUCUCCGGUGCCCGCGGCGUCCACGCAGCCGCCGAUUAAGAAGCUAGUGAGGCAGCUCGACUUCAACUCGGCGGCGUUGGCGGGGAACCCCGCGAUGGCGGCGGCCGCGGCCGCCGUGUCCAGGGCGCUGCAGCCGAGGGCGGUUCCCGUGGGGUUCCCGCAUCCGCAGCACGCGAGGGCUGCGGUGCCGUUGGGGGUGCCGCAGCAGCUGCAGGCGCGGGGGCUGCCGGUGAUGCGCCCGCAUCAGGUCGUGGGGCAUGUGCCGCUGCCGCGGCAGGCGGUGACGGUGGCGGUCCCCGUACCGCAGCUUCGCCCGGCACAGGCGCAGCCAGUGCCACGGCCCCCGGUCGCCGUUCCCUUGAAGCCAGAGUCACCGAAGCCGCGAGCAAGCCUCUAUGAAGGGAAAGAUGGCACCCCCACGAAGAAGAAGUGCUGCAAUUGCAGGAACUCCAGAUGUUUGAAGUUGUACUGUGAAUGUUUUGCUUCUGGUGCCCACUGUGAUGGAUGCAACUGCACCAACUGUUUUAAUAAUGUUGAGAAUGAUGCUGCCAGGCGUGAAGCCAUUGAUGCUACAUUGGAGCGUAAUCCAGAUGCAUUCAGGCCUAAGAUUGGGAGUAGCCCACAUGCAAAUCGGAAUAAUGAGGCAUCUGGGGACCUCCCUUUAGUAGGGAAGCAUAAUAAAGGGUGCCACUGCAAGAAGUCAGGAUGCCUCAAGAAGUACUGUGAAUGCUUUCAAGCUAAUAUACUAUGCUCUGAAAAUUGCAAGUGUAUGGAUUGCAAGAAUUUUGAAGCAAGCGAAGAAAGAAGGGCUCUUUUCCAAGGGGAUCAGAAAAAUGCCAUUCACAUGCAGCAAGCAGCAAAUGCAGCAGUAAAUGGUGCUAUUGGAGCUACAGGAUUCCCUUCUCCUUCCACAUCAAGGAAGAGGAAACACAUAGACCCUUCACUUGACCAUUCGAAUAAGGAACAUGUAUCGAACAGGAAUGGUCACCUACCUCAGUCUAUUUAUCAGAAGAAUGCAGUACAUGAUGGUUCACUUCCAAGCCAGUCUGCGCAUCCUCCUACUCUGGGGCCCUUUAAAGUUACCUACAGGCCCCUUUUAGCAGAUAUUGUUCAAGCAGAGGACAUAAAGGAGCUCUGUAAGCUUUUGGUGGUGGUAUCAGGGGAGGCUGCAAAGGCAUACGCUGGUAGGAAGACCCAGGAAGAGGAGGCAGAGCAGGAAGAUGAAAUGGGAGGGAAGAAGGAAGAUAAGGCAGGUUCCCUGACAUCGACAAAUCAUGAUAGAGAAGAAAAUAAUCAGAAUCUAGAUAAAAAAGCAUCAAUUUAUGACCGUUCAAGUGGAGGAACUCAUACAGACAAAGCUCUUCGAGAAGAAUUCAGACCUAAUUGUUCUGAUGAUCAGAAGUCCCAUAGGCCUAUGUCUCCUGGAACACUAGCACUGAUGUGUAAUGAACGAGAUACAAUGUUUACGACUUCUCAAAAUGCUGUUGCUGAGCAGACGGUAGCUGUCAACCAGAACCGAUCUGAGCUGUAUGCAGAACAAGAAAGAUGUGUGCUGACGGAAUUUCGUGAUUGCCUCCGUAAGCUUGUCACAUGUGGAAGAAUGAAAGAGGAAAGGUAUUCCAUGGCAAUAAAAUCUGAAGUAUCUGGCCAUCUCGGACAGGGAAAAAUUCUUUUAGUAACACUGCAAAGAUGAAGCGGGAUGUGUUCUCAGUUGGUCUGGAGGUGGGGUAGCAAAGCCAUCCACCUGGAUGAACCAAGGCGUGGCAGGGUGGGUACCUACUUUGCUUUUUAAAGAAAGGGCAACAUUGCAAAAGAUGUGCGCCCUUUUGUUACCGAGGCACUGAUUUUAUUUUUCAAAUCCCAUGAUUUUUGAUCUCUUUAGUGCCAUGGGCACACUACAUCAAUUCCGUGGUUUUACAAUUGGAUUUGAGUUGGUUACUGGGUAGCUACCGGUUGUAAUUGUUCAGAACUGUGGAUUUUGAGCUGGAGAAAGAUGUGGCAACCUGAGUUCAUGUGACAUUUGGUUGUCAACCCACGAACAAUUUAGCCGGCCUCUAUGUUCAGGGCUGGUUCUUACUGAAUCUUUGACUCCGCUCCAUGUUGCUGCACUUUUCUGCAAAUUUCAGAUGUAAAAUAUGUUGUUCAUCCUUGAAUAUGAAAUUGAUCGGCCAAAGCAUUCAGUUCUAGAA